GCCUUCGUCAUGAUUGGAACUAUAUUUCAAAGAGUUCAAAGAGUUGAGGAACUUUUUUCGACCCUGGAAUGAUCUCUGGAGGCCAUUCGGAAACAUCCCUCGAAGUUGAAUUUUAUCGAGCUUGAACUAGAUCAAUUUGCCAGGGAAAAUAAUUACUUUUGUAAACGAUAGUCGUAUAUUUCAUAAGUAAAUGAAACUCUUUAGCUCGCGUAAUGUUUUCCAUCUUGAACAAAAUUGUCUGCCGCGUGCCGAACCACGCAUAAAGGAUGGGGUGACCUUUGAAGAAAAAAAAAAAUGUAAACGGAGCGUGUAUAUGUAUACUUAGCGGAGCGGGUACACGAAUUCAGCAACAGUUGGUUUUGUACGUAAAAAAAAAAGUAUUCAGCGGUGGGACGUGCCACGUGUAGAUAGCAUUUAUUUUUGAAACGAUAGGGAAGCACGAUAAGAUGAUAGAGAACCAUAACGAUACAUGUAUACAUGUAUAUUGGAAGUAUAAGAUAAAAGCGAUCUUAAGCGAUACGAUUUUGAACAUUCUUCCCUAAUCAAUUACUGGCAGUUAGGUAACGCUCCUCGUUAGUAGAAACGUCGAAAGUUCCACUCCGUUUAAAAGUUAAUUCGAUCGAGUUGAAUCAUAUUCGAAGGUAGCCAUAGAAACAUGACGCAAACUCUGAGCUUCUGUUUGCAUCGCGGCGGGUAACUAGUAGCGCGAUUGUUAGUUUAGCGUGCCAUGAAUUGUGACAAUUUGCAAUUAAUCUACGUUGAUGCGUUGACAGGUUUGAAUACGAUCUUCGCGGGAAGUGGUUACAAUGGACCGGAACUAUCAGACGGUUGAAAUGGGAGCGGGCGCGUUUCAUCAUCCACCGAGAGCUAAAUACAGCGAGGAGACGAGAAAUCUAAUCAAACUUUUGAUGGAAGAGUCUAAAGUGACCAUGAUGCAGAGGAAAUCUAUUCAAGAAGCGAUCGAUAAGGGUGAAUCCUUGCCGCCUCCCAUGGAAAGAUCAAGCGGAAAAAUAAAUAAACAUGAUUCCGAGUAUCGAGUAAUGAUGCCUACGGUUUGGAAAAAACGGUCGCAAGAUAUGAUUAUUAAAAGCGGGGCGUACGAAAGAGAACAGUAUAGGAGAACAUCUCCUUUACCCAACAAAGAAAGACAAAAGCGUCAUUUGGCUUGUAUGAUGACGUAUGGGGAAGACAUGCCGGAAACUCCUCACGGUCCAAAAAUACUUCACAAAACAAGGCGUGAACCACGUUUUCCUGACGAUGUUGAUCCUAUCGACGAUUUGGUACGAGGAAUUCAAGAAAGAAUGGAAUUCCUAAACGAUAUGGAAUGCUUAGGAAUGGAAAAGAAAUAUCGUCCUAUUAUACAACAAGAAAUAGCGCAUAAGUUACGAUUAAUUGAAUCGCUCGACAAACAAAAGUCUAAAGAAGUUCGAAAGGAGAUGAAGUGUCUUGAAAAGUCAUUACCCAAACCACUCCCUUUAGGGCAACUGGAUGAAAACUAAUCAU